AUGGAACGACUCCAAAAGAAGCAGGCCGCCCUGCGACAAGCAAUUAACAAGAUCAUCACAGCGGCCAGCGAACCACUGCAAUCGCCAACCACCCAAAUCGGUGAGCUUGAGGAACACCUCGACCUUCUUCUUGUACAGGCAGAGGAGUUAAAAUCCGUAAACGAGAGCAUCGAAAAGAAGAUAGAUCUGGAAGAAUUAGAUGCAGAAUUAGAAGCUUGCGCUGCAUACACGGAGAAGAUAUGCUCCCUCAAAACAAAGCUCAAGAGAGUUCUCAGAAGUCAGACAACCAACGAGAGCAGGUCAACAACUCCGUCAGUGACAGGCAACACGUCAGAUCACGAAGCAAACCACAUUGGUUCCGUCCCAGCCGCGGUGUUCCAGCCACCAUCAGCAACAACCAAAUUACCGAAAUUGGAAAUCGCAAAAUUCAGCGGAGAUCUGCGCUCGUGGCAGAAAUUCUGGAACCAAUUCGAAUCAACUAUUCACAAGAACAGCACCUUGCCUGCAAUAGCCAAGUUCCAGUACUUAACGAGCUACCUAACCGGAAAAGCGGCCGCUGCUAUAGAAGGGUUGUCGAUCAGCGAUCGAAAAUACGACAUCGCGGUGAAGACCCUCAUAGAGAGAUUUGGGAAAGAGGACGUCCUAAUUGAGGACCACAUGUCGCGUUUGCUUGACGUCCGCCCAGUGCACAAUCUGCGUGACAUCGAAAGUCUGAGGACCCUCUACGAUGAAAUCCGCGCCGGAGUCUGA